CGUACCUACGCCUUAGUGGUACGCGCUGGAGUUGGGUGUGAAGAUGGCGGACGAGGAGGCCGAGCAGGACGUAGGUCCUGAGAACGUUAUCGGUAAAACGAUUGGGGAACUCCGACAGCGGCUGCAGGACCUGCAGACAAUGGUUGCUAGAGAACGCGACGGUCCCUCCGCCCAGGACUCUUCUCAGUACUGUCAGGAGUUUUGUAGGACGGUGCUGGAAUAUGCAGGCCGGUGGAAGAUGGAGGAAGAACCUCUGCUGCUGGUGGAGGUGUACAUGGUUGCCCUGCUGAGUUACGCCAAUGCCUCUUCAUAUCUCUCUCUGCAGUGUGAAAAUGUUCCUAUUGUGAUUGAGAGGCUCUCACUGAGUUUUUUGGAGCUUUUGCUCUCUCUAACAGAGGAGGUUCCAGUUGGCUUAUGGAAAGAAGUCAAGUCAUCUGUGCAGUUUGCUCACAGUAAGCUGCAAAAUGUUGGACUCGCUCAUCUGUUUCCACUGUCUGCUCUGGGCCAGUAUGAUGGUGUUUGGACCAACAGGGUCCUGCAGGGUCUUCUUUCCAGUGAAACACUACAGCCACAGCAAGUUGAGGAAUUCAUGGUCCAGGAGGGACUGCUUCUGUUGGAGAUGAGAGUGAAGCAGCUGAUGAAGGGAAAGCAGCUGGAGAAGGCGGCACUCCUGGCAAAAGCGUGUUGUGAGUGUGCUGCUUUCCAGGAUAAGGGAUCUUUCAAACAGAUGUACCUCGUGUGUCUCUGUGCUACCUCAGACCAGGACCACCUCAUGGAUGAGCUGUCAAAGGAGGACUGCCGCAACGCCUUAGAGAUGAUCUGCAACCUGGAGUCAGAUGGAGACGAGACGGCAGCUUUUAGUUUGUGUUCAGCCUUCCUGACUCGACAGCUUCUCCAGGCAGACACGUACUGUGCUUGGGAGCUCACUCUGUUUUGGAGCAAGCUGCUGAAGCGGUUGGAGCAAUCAGAGCAGACCUUUCUUAGUCGAUGUCAUCAGAUGUCUUUACUUUCCAAAACUGUGUAUCACAUCCUGUUCCUCAUCAAAGUCAUUCAAUCAGAGACUGAUGGUGCUGGACUGCCAGUUUGUAUUGAAAUGUGCAUCAGGGCUCUGCGGAUGGAAUCAGAAGAUGAUGCCACCAAGGCCAGUGUGUGUAAAACCAUUUCCUGUUUGCUUCCCAAUGACCUGGAAGUCAAGCGAGCUUGUCAGCUGACAGAGUUUCUCCUGGAGCCCACUGUGGAUUCAUACUAUGCUGUGGAGACACUCUACAAUGAACCUGAUCAAAAACUAGAGGAGGAGAAUAUGCCUGUUUCCAACUCACUUCGCUGUGAGCUCUUGCUGGUUCUUAAAACCCAGUGGCCUUUUGACCCAGAGUUCUGGGACUGGAAAACACUUAAGCGUCAUUGUCUAGCACUAAUGGGGGAGGAAGCAUCAAUAGUGUCUUCUAUCGACUUGCUAAAUGAUGCGGAGAGCCCGGAGGAGGAAGAUUUUUUCCUUCAGGACGGGAUCAGUAAUCCACCAGACCAUUCAUUCUUUGGCACAAAUGAACCAACAGAUGCUGCAGACAAGAGGCAGAAAAACAGAGAGAUGAAGAAAUUAAGAGAAAAGGGUUUCAUAUCUGCCAGGUUUAGAAACUGGCAAGUAUACAUGCAAUAUUGUGUGCUGUGUGACAAAGAGUUUCUUGGCCACAGAAUUGUGCGUCAUGCUCAGAUUCAUUUGAGUGGUGGCUUGUACAGCUGCCCAAUAUGCACUGAAACCUUUACCUCUAAAGAUACGUUGAUUCCUCACGUAACAUUACAUGUCAAACAAUCAUGCCAGGAAAGGCUCACUGCAAUGAAAGACAACAAGAAACUGGCUGAUCCCAAAACAGCUGCCCCAGUUAUUGCAGCGUUACAGGCCAAGCCAAGAAAUGAACGAUGUGAAAACAGGGAUUCUUUAAGGCAGAAUACUGUGCCAGAUCGUAAUGUUAAGGACAGAGUGCAAAUGCAUAACGUAGUGAGUUGUGACAACAAUGUUUGCCCUGUUGGAAAGUGUAGAAGGAGCUUUAAGUUUUUCAAAAACCUCAUUGCACAUGUUAAAGCUCACGGGGACAAUGAUGAAGCAAAGACUUUCUUAGAAAUGCAAAGAAAAAAGGUUGUUUGCCAAUACUGCCGCCGCCACUUUGUUAAUGUUACCCACCUUAAUGACCACUUGCAGGUUCACUGUGGUGUGAAGCCUUACAUCUGUAUACAACUGAACUGUAAGGCAAGCUUCCUGUCCAACACUGAGCUGCUGGUACACAGGAAAGCACAUUCUGUUUUUAAAGCUAGAUGCAUGUUUCCAAAUUGUGGAAAGGUUUUCAAUGCAGCCUUCAAACUGUAUGACCACGAGGCACAGCAUUAUAAGACUUUUACCUGUAAAGUCACAGACUGUGGAAAGGUUUUCCAUUCACAACAGCAACUGAAUGUGCACCAGGAUAAUCAUACCUCUCAGGAGGAAAGCCCAUCAUCUGAACAGACCCUAAGCACUCUGAAUGUCCCUUCACUCAUUGAACAGAUGCUUUCCAAACAAGACACCCUGAAGCGUGAAAGUGUGUGUGUUGAUCCAGGUCAUGGAGGACAAGCUGUGUCCAUUGAGCACUUGGAGAACUCUUUGGAGGCAGCUGUGGGGACUGUAGGACACUGUAGAGUCAAACAGGAACCUCAGAACAUGCCUUUGACAACCAGUCAAACACAAUGUGUGAAUAAUUCUGUGAUGCAGCAGCUGGUUUCUCAGUUGUCAGAUACUGAUGGACAAAAAGAUGGUCGCGCUCUGGAUUACACAGUGCCACCUCAACAAAACCAGCCCACACCUCCAUUUGGACUUAGUUUAGAUAAUAUGUCCGAUGUCGAUGUCUGUCCAAUAAGUUAUAACCCCAACUUGCCUUUAACAGGACAACAACCACCAGUGUGUAGUAGCAACUUGUUGCCAGUGCUACAACCCACAAAUCCAGUAAUGUCCCAACCACUUCCCCCUCAUCCACCUUCUGGGAUCAGACCAGAGAACUCUGUGACAUCCUCCUCUAACACGGGUCUAGGGCAGAGGGCGCGGUUUCACUGUGCAUUUGAGACAUGUACAAGAAACUACAGCUCUUCUCGAAGUGUCGCUAAGCACAUGAAGACGGUUCACCCUCAUUUCUAUGAGCAGUGGAAAGUUGCCCGAACGAAAAUCAAGGUAACCUAUGCGCCAGCACUAAGCACCUUAAUGACCGGGCCCAUGGGUCCAGUUGCUUCACUCCAGAACCCCCAUCAAGAACAAAGUUGUGGAGUUCACAGGCAGAACAUGGAUACAAGUUCAAACUACUCUACUAGGACACAUUAUCAUUCUUCGUCUGUCCACAACCAGAAUCCUUCACAAGUGAUGGAAAAUGUCUUAAACCCUAUUGUUCGCUCUCAGUUAAGAAGUGAUACCAAUUCAAUACCUGUACAGGCUUUAAGCAGUCAGAAGUGGCACGCAGCUCUUGGAAGUGAACAAAUUCUGAACUGUGCCUCUUCUCAAGUCUAUCCAACUAACCAGUCAGACAGUCCUGCUCUGCAGUGUAGUGUUCCAUCCCAAUCUUUGCACACAUUAACGGGGAACGGAGCAACUGAAUGCUUGCCAAUUAUGGAAAAUGGAUCUCACACAGUUUUCCCCUCGUAUGUGGAAAGUGAAAAGGAUACACCAAAGCGACGAGCAGACUUUCCUCUAACGUAUACAUCUAAUAGGCAAAGCAGUUUUGUCUCAGGUUCCACAGGUCCAGAUAUAACGGAAAAAAUGCAGAAUCAUGUUCAGUCCCAUUUUCCCCCUGCAGACAGUGAAACCAACAAUCAAACUCAAAAUGGGCCUGUAAUCACAGAAAAUAAUGGUGAGAACCGAAAGCGACCCAGACGCAGCAAACGGACCAAAUGGCCGGCGAUAAUUAGGGAUGGCAAGUUUGUGUGUUCCAGGUGUUUUAGAGAAUUUGUUAGUCCAAAAUCCCUUGGUGGCCAUUUAUCCAAGCGAGCAAUCUGCAAACCAUAUGAUCAGUCAGAACUGAGCACCAAUCUGCCAAAGUCAUUUCUUAAUUUCCUCAGUUCAGGGCAUACAGUUAACCCCAAUCAGCCACAGGUGUCCUUUACCCCAGCAGCUGUGAAUCCAGAAGAAUCCCAACAGUCCACAAGUGCUCCACUUGCUCCUGGUAAUCUACAAACCAGCAAUGGUGAGUCAAGUGAUGAUAUCUUUAAUCAAAUCAUGGUUGAAUCCAGUUUAUCUGCUCUCCUUGACGGCAGGGCUUCCACCCAGCCAUUGUUACCAAGCUCUGCUGGAGAGCGUUUGCCAAGCUCAGUCAUACAGCAUACAGAGAGAGGGCAGAGGCAAGAGGAGAGUUCAUGUGCUAUAUUCCAUCGUCCACAGCCAAGUGUUGAUACAUUUGCUAGAAUGUUUCCUGACUCACUUCCUUCUCGGAUCCUCUCGGCACAUCCUUCCACUGUUGCAACAAACCAUGUGACUCCAAAAGAAAUUCCUAGUGAUAGAUAUUAUAGUGAGAAAACUGUUCAGACACCGGAUACAUAUUCUAACCUGCUGACCAAAGCUUUACCCGAUAGUCCAGUUAGUGUAGCAGUAUGUGGCAAGCAGGUAGAAAGGCAAAAGUUGGUGAUCGAGCAAGAUGUCAAAAAGAGGCUACGGGAGCAGAUCCUAGCAAGUGACUUCAAACGUAGAAAUAGCUUACGUCUUUCAAACAAUACUGACCGUAAUGCCAAUUCAAAGCCCUCCAUGUCGAAGGACCCUAGGUAUCGUUCUGACCUUAAUCAAAUGUCUUGUGACGCAAAUAACCACUCAGCUAGUCAAAAACAAGUCCUUCAAGAAACCUCUGCAGUAAUCCCAGGAACCUCUGGCAUAAUUGAUCACCUGCUAAACACUCAGAGCUUCACCUGUUUCAGAGAUGCCUCGAACCCAAAGCAAGACGUGCUGAGCCCCACAGAUGUCACCACAGCAAAUGAUGAGGACCUGGAACCCCCCAAGCUAUCAGCCACUCAGCAGCAGUGGAUGACCGAAGUUCAGAUUGCAUUUGAAAAGCUCAAUUUGGUUAGAGUGUCUUAUCCCAAACAACAGAGCAAUGCUGCAAACAUCCAAACGGGGUCAGCAAGGGCUGGGUCACGUCGCAGCGGAUCAUCAAGCGUCAUGAAGCCGUUCACCUGUGAGAGCCAGUACUGCGCAUUUAGUUCUAUGUCCAGUGAAGCACUCUGGAAACACCUCUCCAAGACACACAGCUACACUUUUGACAUGGUGAACGUGAUUAAGAAGAGGUAUGGUCACUAUGCUCCCUACAAGUGUCAGAAAUGCAGUAAAACAUUCACUCGAAACUCUAACCUGCGCGUUCACUACCAGUCUAUUCACAAACUGUCUGCCGAAGAAAUAGCAGCUCUGGAUGUGAAGCGCAAGCAGGCCAAAGCUGCAUCUGAUGGCACAGACCUAUGUCCAGCCUCUCAUCCGGCACCGCUGUCACAUCAAGACGCACUGAAACCAGAUUACCUGGCAAACGCAGCUGCACCACAUCGUAACUGUCAUCUAAGUAAGGCUAACCUUCAGGACGACGGCUGUGCUACAGUGAUUCAGCCCCUACAAACCACAACCAUGCACAACCAAGCACAGACCUCCACAUCCGUCUCUUCCUUUGUAGAAAAGAGCCAGUGGGAGCAGCAAAGACCCUCUAGUGGCCCAAAAGUGGGUUUAAACAAAUUGCCAGCCCCCCUUUGCAAGGCUCUGCCUGCCACUGUCCAGGUUAAUGGGUCUCUUUCUGUAGACAAACAGAAUCCUAUGAAAAGGCAGUUGAUGGUUAAGGAUGUUGAUGCCUCCAGCCUAGAAGUUACCAAGAAGGCCAAACAGAAGAAGUCCUGUUCAGGUGAUGCAAUGAGCCCGUACAGACCGUACCGCUGCGUUCAUCAGGGCUGUGUGGCAGCCUUCACCAUCCAGCACAACCUAAUCCUACAUUACAGGGUGGUCCACCAGUCUGCACUGUCAGCUCUGAAAGUCAACAAAGAGCAGGACCAGAAGGAGGGACUAGAUGAAACCCUGGAUCACGAGGAUCAAGAGCAGGAUGAAGAGGAACCCGAGGUAGAAAUCCCCCAUGUUUCUGAGUUCAGAUGCCAGGUCAAAGACUGCUCCAGAGUUUUCCAAGAUGUUCGCAACUUGCUGCAGCACUAUGUCCAGCUGCAUGUAUUCAGCCUGGAGAAGGUCGGGGGUCUCUUGUCCAGCAUUAGGCUGGGCAGGUUUGCUUGCAGCCACCAGGGAUGCACAGCACUCUUCACGACUGCUUGGAAGUAUAUUGCCCACAUCAAAGAACAUCAUAAAGACAUAAAGCCGGCCAGGCCCGAGCAGUUCAAUGGAGCCUUUGUGUGUGAAUUUGAAGGCUGUGAUCGUUCAUAUGCCACAAAAUCCAAUUUGCUUCGACACACGAAAAAGCAUCAUGACCCUUACCAGCUUAAACUGAAAAAUCAACAGGUAAAGUUAAACGCCAAGAAUGUGCAUUACCAAAUUAGCAAGGCAAGCAACGGGAAGGAAAACAUUGAGAGCAACAAGAAGAUCCUACAGAAAGGAAGUGACACCAAGAAAGUCGGCAAGACGAGAGGCAACCCUUGGACUGAAUACGGGAAACUGUCCCUGAAGUCCAAAGGUGAGGCCUCUGCAAUGUGCAGCAAGACGUUUUGUCUGCAGUACCCCUGUAUGAUCAAAGGCUGUGAGUCCGUCAUGAAGUCAGAGCGGAGCAUAUUGAAGCAUUAUUUGGGCCAUGGACUGUCAGACAAAUACUUAGAACAGCAGCGGAGCCACUUCAUCUUUUGCAAGAAACUACCAAGGCAGAAGUGUGUCUCCAUCCGGAGUGACGAUUCUAAAUCAGACAAUCUGUCCGACAGCGAGGUGAGGCCCUUACUGCACAAAAAGAGCGCUAUGCCAUUAGACAGCAAGCUGUCCAACGAUGACGGCACCAAUGGGUCGGUGGUGCUGAAACGCAAGCGAGGGCGCCCCCGAAAGUUCAUAGAGAGAAACGUGAAGCGCAAAAAACCUCCACGCACAACCAAGACGGGCCAGGUCUACAGCAGGGAUGAGGAGAUGGAUUCCUGCGCCGCGGCGCUGCAGGAGGAGCCCAAUGGGCAGAACGCCCCCAUGGCCUCCUUCAAACCCAUGGGUUUCGAAAUGUCCUUCCUAAAAUUCUUGGAGCAAUCGAAUCAGUCAACAACGGAGAUGAGCAGAAAGGGUCCGAACAGCAAAGAUGCCUGCGUGCGGUUCAGCAACCGGCAGAAACUUAGGUCUCUGAGCAAAGUUAAGAUCAUAAUAGACGGAACCUUAUUAGGUGUAAAGAAGCUUCUGUUGAAGCAGCUGCAGGACAUGCAGGCCACAGUCGUACUGGAGAAAAACCAGUAACUCAGGACUGCACUCUGUGUUUUACACCCCCCUUGUACAAUAUAUCACUUUAAUACAAAUGUGUAAAGCAUUUAGAGUGUGACUGACAUCAGGUCUGGGUUAAAUGCUCCCUGUGGGACUGGGAGAUGAAUGAACCCUGCAGUGUGUUGAUUUGUAUGUGUUGUGAGUGAGUGAGUGAGUGAGUGAGUGAGUGAGUGAGUGAGUGAGUGAGUGAGUGAGUGAGUGAGUGAGUGAGUGAGUGAGUGAGUGAGUGAGUGAGUGAGUGAGUGAGUGAGUGAGUGAGUGAGUGAGUGAGUGAGUGAGUGAGUGAGUGAGUGAGUGAGUGAGUGAGUGAGUGAGUGAGUGAGUGAGUGAGUGAGUGAGUGAGUGAGUGAGUGAGUGAGUGAGUGAGUGAGUGAGUGAGUGAGUGAGUGAGUGAAUAUAGUUUGAAAUCAGCCGCUGCCACCAGCUGUCCUCUUAAUAAAAACAUGUUUUUACGUCUUGACGUGCUUGACUUUGAUUUGUGUCCAGAGACGCGUGUUUUAUUGAUUUAUUAUGUCCUUUAGCAUUAGUGAAACAUUAGAUGGGGAGCAUCAUCCUUUGUGAGCAAAAGCUGAUGAUGAUUUACAAUUGACCUGCGUUUAUUGACAAACAGGGUUUAGGUUCACUUGUGAAGUGAACACGUCUGAUAAAUAAAGUUGAUAAAUAUAAAUAAAUUCAUAAAAUGAAGGAUGUCAAUCGCAAAAAUAUA